AUGACCCUGACACGAGGUUCCUUCACGUACUCGAGUGGCGAGGAAUACCACGGGGAAUGGCGAGAAGGUCUGCGUCACGGUCGCGGCCAGCUGACUUUCAGCGACGGAACGUGCUACACGGGCCAGUUUGAGAAUGGACUCUUCAACGGCUGCGGCUUGCUGGUUUUUGCCGACGGCUCCAGGUAUGAAGGAGAGUUUGUGCAAGGGAAGUUCCAGGGCGCCGGCAUCUUCACGCGUUUCGAUGGGAUGACAUUCGAAGGCGACUUUAGGAGCGGAUGUGUGGAAGGUUCUGGACUGUUAACGUUCGUGGACGGCGGUCGUGGCAGCCAUGAGGGGGUCUUUGAGAGCAGCCAGCUGACACGGCGGGAGAGCAGCAAGGUGGCGGUCCAGAGGGCUCAGGCGGCCGCCGCCAAGGCCCGCGCCCUGGCCAUGUGACACGGACCACAACAACUUUGCAUCCCCCUCGUCUGUUUCCACGACAACCACCUCGUAACGUAACCUUAUAUGUUGAUUUUCUUUCUUCACUUGGUUUUUGUUGGUGUCACUGAUUCUGGAUCAGCCAGCCGCCUACACAGUGGUGCUACACGAGUCACGCUCAGCUGACCUGAAACCAGUCAACAACUCAAAAGUGCAUUCAGAGGUCGUUUUUCUGCAGCGUGUCCGAGUCCAAAACAAAACGUGUUUACAUCUGUCCGAAACGCUGCGGCUGCAUUGACCACUUUAGCAGCGAAGCACUGUGACUUGGUCGUCCUGGUUACAACACUGCAUCGGUUUAUAUUUGCAAUGACAAACAACUGUGUGUCAUCCGGAUUUGUAUUAAAGCCAGUAAUGUUUCAAACUGGAAUAGAUGAAGGCAAUUAAUUGAAUUUUGCUAGAAUGCUCUACACGAACAUGUUGUGCAUUAAACUCUAGUAAAGGGGUUAUGGGUAGCCCAAAGAUUUUUUUUAAAUUUAUUAUUCAGCCCCUGAACCAUGUUUCAAUUCGGAACAUGAAAUUUGGUAGACAUGUCUCUCAUGAGUACACUCGGAGAAAAAAUCUAUUCUAAAGAAGCCAUGCCUAAAGAGACACAGGAUUCUGCCAUUUUGGCUUGAAGUGUCCAUUUUAGGGUCAAUGUGCAGUAGCGCUCACAACCCUCGAAAAUGAGCUUGGUAACAUCCCUCAGAAUGUUUUGAAAAUUCAGCCCCCAAAAUCAGUUUCACUUAGCAAUAUAACCUUUGGUAGAUAGGUCCAUCAUGAGUAGACGCAUAUAAAAGUGUUGAGACCUUUCUCUGAAAAGACACUAAGUCUGCCAUUUUGAUUGGAAACAGCCACAUAUUUUGGCCAUUUUUCGGGGUCCUUCUAAGACUAACUCCUACUUUAGAUUUUAUUUGCUGCUAAAUUUGAACAACAUCAACUAGACAGAUGGAAGACUUUUAAUUACAAACCAUUUUCAUCAGUGCGUGUGGACAGAGCAUGACCGUGAAGUUUAAGAACUCGCAAUAAAACACGUAACUCAAAUAAAGAGGUUGUGGGUGCACCUUGCAUUUUGUUUAUGUAGUACUUGAUGCCAGUUUUGACAUAUGAUAGAUAUGUCUAUCAUGAGCAGACAAACAAAAAAGUGUGACGUAACCAUGACCAAAAAGACGCAGGAAGACUGAGGUUUUGUUUUAAAGGCGUCCAUUUUAGGCUCAUUUUGGAUUUUUUUUUUUUUUUUUUUUUUUAAUUAUUUUGUAGGCAUGUCUAUCAUGAGUCGACCCAAAAACAAAGGCUCAGAAAGCGAUGCCUGAAAACCACAGUAAGUCAGCCAUUUCCUUUUAAAGAAGCCAUUUAAGGCUCAUUUGGCCAGUUUUUUUGGGGUUCCUUGACUUCUUUCGUGGACAAACUCCUAGAGAGUACCAAAUUUGAAACACUAGACAAAUGUGGGCAUGUAAAUUUUCAACCAUUUCAGUUUUUAUCAUAACUAAUCAAAAUCCUGACCUUAGUUUAAAGUCACAAAAUGUCAUGGUGAAGUGUUUAUUUCCACUUCAUAACCAUAACAACCAUGCAUAUGGACCCACACCUUGCCAAGAAAUACUAAUACUAACACACUUCUGUCGACCGCAAAAACACCAAAGCAGACCUCUCAUCGGUGCUCUUGACGCACGAAGUCCAGGCAGACUUCUCGCCUCCCCAUCCCGCCUCGCCCGAUCACUCAGUGCCCUUUCACCGCCUGGUCUGAUCCCAGACCAGCCGCCAUCAGUUACCUCUGUCUCCGUCAGUGCCAACCACCCAGUGCCAGCCAGCGGCUGCUGACCCAGGAUCAGUGACUCGCAAAUUAGUUCGAAGUGUCUUCUCAAAAUAUGACCGUUCCGAGUCAACACUUAUGACUGAAUAAGAAUAUUUUUAGUUGCAGCGGUACCAUGACUUACGAGCAUCUCAAUUGAAGAAUUUUUCAAGCUACGAGCCAUCGCUUGGUCAAAUUCUUUUUGCUCUGCGUUACAAGCGAGUUUUGGAUACACCGCUUGCUCAAGUAAAGUGGAAAAAAAUUAAGGUUGUUUGGGAAAGGAGAGGCACAGUUGCUGAUGCGCUUUCAGAUCAUUUUUGAAUGCUACAAACAGUCAAACACAGACGCAAGCAGCAAACAUUCACACUGAACUAUAACCGGCCAACCAGACUCAAGCUGCUUACAUCACUCACUAUGCCACACCCCUUAAAGGUACACAUCCAACACAAAUACUACAGUGCAUACAGUUAUUACACUUUGUAAAACCAGUGUUUUCUCAUUUUUUCAUGCGAUACAGUGAUAUGUUCCUUUUUUAAAACACAAAUCAGAUUGGUUUUUCAGUGCAUUCCAGUGGGGAAAAUUUAUUUGAUAUAGUAGAUUAAGUUGUGAGCUCAAGAAACAAAUUAAAUUCGUAAGUCAAGGUACCACUAUAUUUAUUUUGAAUUCAUGUUAUACUUAAGCACAUUUUGAUCUCGAGUAUCCACAAGUGUUCACUUCUUUCCUUAUUUGUGUUGUGACGCUAACGAGGCGUGUGAUGAGUUCCAAUGAAGUCGACGUGCCUGCUGGGAAUUGUGUACAGUAUGUGUCUUUGUCUGUGGGUGCAGGGUGUGUGCGUGCGUGUGGUGUUAAACAGAAAAUGAAGUCAAUUGUCAGUUAUGUGAUUAUCAGAGAGCGCGUUUAAUUUGGGAUGCAGUUUGCGUGUGGGGGAGGGGGGGGGGGCGAUCACACUCUUUUAAUUGGCUCUGGGAUCAGAGACUUGACGACUGUUACUCUGAAACGGCACGUGUGUCAGUCCACUUGUAUGUAUUGUCGUACGUGUGCUUGUGUGUUACACAACUGGCACUCAUAGGGAAUCACAAAAGCCCUUUAAAAGCACCUAAAAGCCACUUCACAGCAUCCAAACAAAAGAGAAUCUAUGGCGGGGGGGGGGGGGACAUUCCGGAAGCUUCUGUUGCGGUCUGUACAAGCUUUGAGGAACUGUCGCUCAUUUUGGGGGAAACAGCUUCUGUUUUUUGUUUUGUUUGUUAUAUCAUAAUACAUUUUAGUAUCAAGAUUUUUUUUUCUUCUUUUUUGAUUUCUUCAUCAAAAGUACAGAUACAGUAAAUCCACACUUGACAAUCCCGAUUUGCUCAAACUCUGUAAACUGGCAUUGAGUCUUCCAUCUGAUCACCAUCACAGCCCCGAGAUUUUGUGGGUCUGAUGAUGGGAUGUGAGAGCCUGUUCAUUAUUGCUCUCAGCUAUUAGUGAUGAGUGAUUUUUGUUGUUGUUGGGAUAGGCGGCGUUGAAAAAUGCAUUAAUUGUCAGGAGCAUCAUUUGAUCUUGUUUAGCUUGUUAGCAUCCGUCACAAAUUUGUGUUAUUUUGCUAGGCUAAUCUGGAAAAACAACUGGCGAUUUCUUGUAUUCUGCUUUGAAAAUAACAAUUAGCAUUUAUGCUAACUGCUCACCGCUUAAAAAGCAGACAGUGUGUGUUGGUUUAAAUAUUACAAGAAGCGCCUGUGCUAAAAACAAUUACAUUUAACAAAUGUUAAACAAAUGUGUUUCCCAAAUGCUCGACUGUUCCUUUUAUCUUAAAAUAAGUCACUGUGUUUAUACUUGAUGUACUUUAGAUGUCUUUUUAUGUGUGUGUUUUGAUUUUUUUAAAAAAUGUUGACAAAAUAAAAAAAUCAAUCGAUGUGUUUGCCAAAAGUGAAAAUAUGUUGGAAAGUCUUGUGUCCACUGUGUGCCUGAAAAAAAGUGACUGUGCUUUGAAUCCUUUUAACGCCGCCCUCGUUACAUAACUGUAACAUUAUUUCAUUAAACAAGACUUCAACUAAAUGGUCGCUACCAAGUCUUGCGAAUGAUAAAAUGUGAAGACACAGAAUGAGAGAUUACUAUAAUUGUAAAAUAGAAAUAUGCUGAAAUGACAAAUGUAAAAAGGAAAAGGGUGAGUGAGUCAUUUAAAAAAAAAAAUGAAAAGACUUACUUGGGUCAAAAGUCUUUGGGAUCAAAUAUUAACUUUUGUCAAGGUUUCACUCUG